UCCGAAUUGAACGGUGAUCCGCACUUCUCUCUUCAUUUCUUUCGACAAAGAAGAAGAGAGAGCUAAGACUCGGGGGUUCCUCGGAAUCGCGCCUCCCCUCCGCCUCUCUCUGUCUGUAUCUCUUCUCUUUCAAAUUCUUUUGCUUCUUCUUCCCGAAUCUUCCCCAGAUCAAAGAGAAGAAACCAGGAGAAAUUGAAAGAAAGGAUUCCCCAUUUGGAAAAAACGGUUUCAAAUCAUUUAGUUAUUGGCCGGAAAAUGGAAAUCGACAGCAUUGAGUGCGUAUCAUCCUCGGAUGUCAUGGAGGAAGAAGAGACCCCGUCAUCCUUGCGUCAUCAUCCCCACCAUCAUCGUCAUCAACACAUCCCUUCUUCCACAAAUAAGCCUCACCACAGUAAUUUGUUUCCUGCCGGAAUUGCCCCCACCAGUGUUCAUGAAUUGCUGGAAUGCCCCGUUUGCACCAACUCCAUGUACCCUCCCAUUCAUCAGUGCCACAAUGGUCACACGCUGUGUUCAACCUGUAAAGUAAAGGUACACAACAGAUGCCCUACUUGCAGACAAGAGCUUGGUGAUAUUCGGUGUUUGGCUUUAGAAAAAGUGGCAGAAUCCCUUGAACUGCCCUGCAAAUAUUUUUCAUUGGGGUGUCCAGAAAUAUUUCCAUACUACAGCAAGCUUAAACACGAGGCAGUUUGCAAUUUUAGACCGUACAAUUGCCCAUAUGCGGGAUCGGAGUGUCCUGUCACUGGGGAUAUACCUUACCUUGUUUCUCAUCUAAGGGACGACCACAAGGUUGACAUGCACACAGGAUGCACUUUCAACCAUAGAUAUGUUAAGUCUAAUCCUCGAGAAGUGGAGAAUGCCACGUGGAUGCUCACUGUCUUCCAUUGUUUUGGACAAUACUUCUGCCUACAUUUCGAGGCAUUCCAGCUCGGGGUGGCCCCGGUUUACAUAGCCUUUGUGCGGUUUAUGGGUGACGAGACCGAGGCCCGCAAUUACAGCUACAGUCUGGAAGUAGGAGGGAUGGGUAGGAAGCUAAUUUGGGAGGGAACCCCUAGAAGUAUAAGAGACAGCCACCGGAAGGUCAGGGACAGCUUUGAUGGACUUAUCAUUCAACGUAACGUUGCUCUCUUUUUCUCUGGCGGCGAUAGGAAGGAACUUAAGCUUAGGGUCACAGGGCGGAUUUGGAAGGAGCAACAGAAUCCCGAUUCCGCCUCCGUUUGUAUACCCAAUCUUUGUUUGUAGCACCACUUGAGCCCCCCACUCUGCUUGCAUGAGUGUGAGUGUGACACUGUUAAUUAUUAUUGACGUUAUUUAUGCUAUGUGAAGAUAUAUCUUUUCCUCCAUUUUUCUUGUUGAAUUUCGUAUAAGCUUUGUAAGUACUUGGGAUUUCUUAAAGAAAAAGGUUGAGGUUUAGAGAACAAAUAAAAUAAAAUUCGCC